AUGGCUCCAGGGGAAUCGAGCGGCCCGAAAGCUAGUGCUGCCACAAAUAUCGACAAUAUUCCGGCCAGUCAGCGCGUCUAUCUUGGUGCAAGAGCAGAUGGAUAUCUCAAUUUCUACAGUCGAGGUCCAAGUCCAGGAUUCGAUGUCGUGAACACUAUCACCGGCGGCUACGCUUCUAUGGGACCAGCCGCAAUGCUUGCUCUGGGACUGACUGAGUGUUGUGCUCGGUUUGGUCGCGGAAAAGUCUUUCAUUUCAUCAAACCUCUGAUUUCCAAGGCUACGCUCACCAGAGACAUGUGGCCAGACGAAUACAUCUCCCUCCCGGAACUCAUCUUCACAGACUACAUCUGGACUGAGGCUGAAUCAAUCCAGUGGCUGCAAAGUCCUCACUGGCAACGUCUUGACCUGUUGAAUGCACGCGGAAAUGCGCUGUCGAUUAGCAGCCCUGUCGUUCCCGUCACGCUGUGCUGGGAGACCAAAACAGAUUAUUCGAAUAUCAAUUUCUUUCAAGGCCUGGCCCCCGUCAUGCUGUACUGCAACGAUCGCGGUGCCGUAUAUAUGGGCUUACAUGAAGACCUCUCACACCACGCAAAGUACUUCGACAGAGCUGCCAAACUUCCUUUAAUAGGUCGCAGAGUCUGGUACGCCGAAAAAGAAAAAAUUCCUCAGUUCCAAAUGCGAUCAGGCAACCAGGUUCUACAAGAAUUGUUGAGCCUAUACCAAUCUCGGCGUCCAGGAGUUGUGUUCGUACAUGAGGAGAUAGUGAAAGAGUCAAUUCAGGCGCAUCAUAAAUGGGUGGCGAACGGGGGAUACACUAUUGCCAGCGACAAGGAUCUUGGACCUGACGUCGCGGCGGCUGCGGAACUAGUUCGGAAUCGACGAGGUUUCCAGAAUACAGUGGCGCCCGCACGAGAACAACCUGACACUACAGCUAUUAGAGCAGAACUCCGUGACCUAAGAGUUGAAGUAGCCGCGUGGCCCGCUUCUGUGAAAGAGGCUUAUGCUGAUUUCAUAAAUGCUGCUAACAGAGGCGUAUCGGUGGUGGUUGAGUUCACGAUUUCGAACAUCAAUUGGCAAGAUCUAUCAGUUGAACACAAGAGAAAAAUUCUGAGACUCUGGGAAUUGGAACAAGAAGUAUCGACAGUCAUGGAAGUUGAGGAUCAGGCAAUGAUCGAUCUUACCGCACAAGUUGAGCAAGAAACUUUGGAUCCUCCGGAACAUACUUCGCAACUACAACAACCUUCAACCAGCACACGUGGCAGAGCCACGAGGGCACGAGGUAACCGUGGAAGAGCCACACCCGCGAGGGCAAGAGGUACAAGAGUAGCAUCUACUAGUGCCCCACCUGCGAGAACUUCAUCUGCCAGAGCCUCAUCUGCCAGAGCCACGCCUAUGAGAGUCACACGUCGAAGAGCCAUACCGGACGACUCGGACAACGAAGAAACAGCAUCUGAUCGCAUGACAAAUUCUCCUGACUUGACUGACAGCUCUGAAAAGGCUGUGGAACCAGAGGCCUCGACUGGCGUUCAGGAUGAAGACGAGAUCAUGACCAUUCCCGACUAUCAAGACUCUUCAUCUACAUUUUAG